GCAAAACCGCAAGAUGAAUAUUAGACGCCUUCAAGAACCCUAGCCCUUAUAUCCCUAUAAAUAACGGCAGUUUUGCGUCCGCAUCACUCAGUUCGGUGUCUCCUCUCUUAAACAUCGCAAGCGGGGUUCUAAGGCGAGCCUUCAAUCCUUUAACUCAGAUCAGUUUUUAGGCAUCUAUAAUGGGUAAGGAGAAGGUUCACAUCAACAUCGUGGUCAUUGGCCAUGUCGACUCUGGCAAGUCCACCACCACUGGCCAUCUCAUUUACAAGCUUGGAGGUAUUGACAAGCGUGUCAUUGAAAGGUUCGAGAAGGAAGCUGCUGAGAUGAACAAGAGGUCAUUCAAGUAUGCCUGGGUGCUUGAUAAACUCAAGGCUGAGCGUGAACGUGGUAUUACAAUUGAUAUUGCCUUGUGGAAGUUCGAGACCACCAAGUACUACUGUACUGUUAUUGAUGCUCCUGGGCAUCGUGACUUUAUUAAGAACAUGAUUACUGGUACCUCACAGGCUGACUGUGCUGUCCUCAUUAUUGAUUCCACCACUGGUGGUUUCGAAGCUGGUAUUUCUAAGGAUGGGCAGACCCGUGAACAUGCUCUUCUUGCUUUCACCCUUGGUGUAAAGCAAAUGAUUUGCUGCUGCAACAAGAUGGACGCUACAACACCCAAGUAUUCCAAGGCCAGGUAUGACGAAAUUGUCAAGGAAGUCUCCUCAUACCUCAAGAAGGUUGGAUACAACCCUGAGAAGAUUCCUUUUGUGCCCAUCUCUGGUUUUGAAGGUGACAACAUGAUUGAGAGGUCCACCAACCUUGACUGGUACAAGGGCCCAACCCUUCUUGAAGCUCUGGACCAGAUUCAGGAGCCCAAGAGGCCCUCAGACAAGCCUCUCCGUCUCCCACUUCAGGACGUAUACAAGAUUGGUGGCAUUGGAACUGUCCCGGUGGGUCGAGUGGAGACUGGUAUCCUCAAGCCUGGUAUGGUCGUGACCUUUGGACCCAGUGGACUGACAACUGAAGUUAAGUCUGUUGAGAUGCAUCACGAGGCUCUUCAGGAGGCCCUCCCUGGUGACAAUGUUGGGUUCAACGUGAAGAAUGUUGCUGUGAAAGAUCUCAAGAGAGGUAAUGUGGCAUCCAACUCUAAAGAUGAUCCUGCCAAGGAGGCUGCCAACUUCACAUCACAAGUCAUUAUCAUGAACCACCCUGGUCAGAUUGGAAAUGGAUAUGCCCCUGUUUUGGACUGCCACACAUCCCACAUUGCAGUGAAGUUUGCUGAGAUCUUGACCAAGAUUGAUCGCCGAUCAGGCAAGGAGCUCGAGAAGGAACCCAAGUUUUUGAAGAAUGGUGAUGCUGGGUUUGUGAAGAUGAUUCCCACCAAGCCCAUGGUUGUUGAGACUUUCUCUGCGUACCCCCCAUUGGGUCGUUUUGCUGUUAGGGACAUGCGCCAGACUGUUGCAGUUGGUGUUAUCAAGAGUGUUGAGAAGAAGGACCCAACUGGAGCCAAAGUUACCAAGUCUGCUGCAAAGAAGGGUGGAAAGUGAACGCAAAGAAUGGGAAUUUUUAGUGUUAAAGUUUUAUUUAUGUUUAGGCAUUUAGCUAUGUUUAAAGGUUUUCAGUGUACAUUGCUAGUUGCUGCGCCCGCAUUUGGGUGGAAGACUGGCAGUGAGCUUGUAGUAUUACACCAUUUUUUGGUGAAUGUGCUCAAGACAGUUUUCUUUUCAAUUUAGUUCUUGUUAUGUACGAGACAGUUUUGCUUACUGAUUUAAUGGUAAGGCGAUUUUGAUUUUUGUUUAA